AUGAUCGUGCGGACAACAUUACUGUUCUUUGGGCUGGUUUCGUUGGUUUCCUCAUACUGCAUUUGCUCACAGAGCUACACGAAAACCUACCCUACCUUCGUUAUCCAAAGCGCGUACGAUAACGUGACCUAUGACUACUGUCCGCCAAGCGGCGAUCAAUGCACCGUCGUCAUCAACCAGAAUGAUCCUCAGAAGGGAGCCGGGGAGUUCGUCGUCACGGAAUUUGACGGUGGAAAUGGUAGCUUGUUCACGGUGGUGAUCAAAGAUGGCAAUGACACGGCCUUUUCGUUCACCCGGGACACCUACCCCUUAUUUAAAGAUGCAAUGGCGAAAUAUAAGAGCUUUCAUCCCAUUGUCACCGUGCUUCUGCAGUACAAUGGGGAUACAAAUGUGGUCUUCAAUAUGAAUGGAUAUCCGACCGGUCUUGCUCCCCCUCCGUCAGAGACUACCCCAGUAACGCAGCCUCCAACGGGUGGCCCGGCAGGCUUUUUGGGCGUUGACCUGGCCUUUGCUUUCGAUUCGACCGGAUCCGUUCCGACGGUCUUUGCGACGAUGAAAAGCGUCAUCAAAGAUGCAGUAAGCCAGCUGACGGUUACCGAAGAUGUUACACAACCUUACGGCGCACGACUCUCGCUUCAAUCGGUUUCUUCCGCCAAUCAAGCUAACAAUUUGGCAGUUCCAUGGGCUGUCACAAGGGAGGAGUUCCGUAUUUACGCCAUAUUCACGCAACACGAUCCUGAUGACGAACCCGCGGAUUUGAAACCGAUACUUGAUAAGUUGGUAGCUCGCGAUGUCCAUCUCGUUGUCCAUUGGUUUGGGUCCACGCCUUCGAAGUACUUCCCCACCGUCGCAUUGCCCGAAUCCAAUAUUGCGUAUCUCCCCUAUACCGCAAAUUCCACAGAUUUCUACGACAAAUACGUCUUGAACGGCGAUUCUGACCAAAACUUUGGAUGUGCGUUGGUCAAGAACUAUCAAUUGGAAAUUGAGAAGGACUAUGCGAGGUUCUACGAUGCGGCCGGGGUUGAGGUAGCAAGCUUGACCGGUAACAACGUCUUCGGCGCCCAAUUCCAAAUCAACGGCACGACAGGCUCGGUCAGACUGACCACAAAUGAAUAUCUCGUCUACAACGGUCUCAGCUUCACCGUAACGACAAAGACCGGGGAUAACCCCAGCUGCGAUCCAAGUCCU